AUGUCAAGCUUGGAGGAACCGCUCGGUGUCGACAAGUUGCCAAGCAUGAGUACCAUCGAUAGGAUUCAGAGAUUCUCAUCUGGUACUUGUCGUCCGAGAGUAGAUGAGAUUGGCAGCAUGGGAGACUUCUGGCUUGAGGGAAGGAAUUGCAGCACAUCUAACAGUUGCAAUGAUGAUGAUGAUGAGUAUACAGCGGAGACAUUCCCAUGGAAACGACAAACAAGAGACUUCUCCCGAGAUGAAUCCUUAAACCAAAAGGCUAGCACCAAAACGAGGAAAUUGAAGAAAUUUGGAAAGAUUGAUGAUUCAUUCUCUGAAUACCAGUAUAGUCCCAUGUUCAAAAACAAAGACAUUCCAAAUUCGACAUAUAAGUUUCUGGAAUGUAUACCGAGGUUUGUAAAGAUCGUGGAAGUUGGUCCAAGAGAUGGAUUACAAAAUGAAAAGAACAGCGUACCUACAUCUGUAAAGAUUGAGUUGAUUCAUAGAUUAGCUUCUUCUGGACUAUCUGUUAUCGAGGCAACGAGUUUCGUGUCGCCCAAAUGGGUUCCACAGUUGGCUGAUGCUAAGGAAGUAAUGCAAGGAGUUCAUCGCUUGAGAGGCGUCAGAUUGCCGGUUCUGACGCCUAAUUUAAAGGGUUUUGAAGCUGCUAUUGCAGCUGGUGCAAAAGAAGUAGCUGUUUUCGCAUCAGCUUCUGAAUCAUUCUCAAAAUCAAACAUUAACUGUAGUGUUGAAGAGAGUCUCGCUCGUUAUCGGGCUGUUACUCGUGCUGCUAAAGAACUCUCUAUUCCUGUGCGAGGGUAUAUAUCAUGUGUCGUUGAAUGCCCGGUGGACGGACCAACACCUCCCUCGAAAGUCGCAUAUGUUGCGAAAGAAUUAUACGACAUGGGCUGCUUUGAGAUUUCUCUUGGUGACACAACUGGAGUUGGCACACCAGGAACUGUUGUCCCCAUGCUCGCGGCCGUAAUAGCAGUUGUUCCAAUAGACAAGAUUGCUGUCCACUUUCAUGACACUUAUGGCCAAUCCCUUUCAAAUAUUCUUGUUUCCCUCCAAAUGGGAAUUAGUAUCAUCGAUUCAUCUGUUGCUGGUCUUGGAGGGUGUCCAUAUGCUAAAGGAGCAACAGGAAAUGUUGCUACUGAAGAUGUUGUGUACAUGCUGAAUGGAAUUGGUGUGAAAACCAACAUUGAUCUUGAAAAGCUCAUGUUGGCCGGAGACUUCAUCAACAACCAUUUACAGCGGCCGUCGAGUUCAAAGACUUCCAUUGCGUCGAACCGAUCCACCGCAGAUGCAUGCCUCCAAGAUAUAUGA